CUCCUCGACUUCGUAGCAAGCCACGCGUGGUGCCCGAGAACCCUCACGGCCAUGGCGACGCGAGCUCCCACCUCUCCCGCCGCCGCGGGGGCGUCCGGCCGUGCUUCUCGCCUCCUCUUCCUCCGUUGCCCAUCCACCCGCUUCCGGCUGGCCGCCGGCCGAUCGGCGACCGCCCUCCGCGCGCAGCCGGCGGCGGCGGAGGUGGUGGAGCAGUCCGUGAACACCAUCCGGUUCCUCGCCGUGGACGCCGUGGAGAAGGCCAAGUCCGGCCACCCGGGCCUCCCCAUGGGCUGCGCGCCGCUGGGCCACGUCCUCUUCGACGAGUUCCUCCGGUUCAACCCCAAGAACCCCUACUGGUUCGACCGCGACCGCUUCGUCCUCUCCGCCGGCCACGGAUGCAUGCUCCAGUACGCGCUGCUUCACCUCGCCGGAUACGACAGCGUCACGAUGGAUGACCUGAAAGCUUUCCGGCAGUGGGGAAGCAGAACUCCUGGUCAUCCCGAAAAUUUUGAAACACCUGGUGUUGAAGUCACCACUGGUCCUCUCGGGCAGGGUUUUGCAAAUGCUGUUGGUCUAGCGCUUGCUGAGAAACAUCUAGCUGCUCGUUUCAAUAAGCCUGAUUUGAAUAUCAUUGAUCAUUACACGUAUGUUAUACUCGGGGAUGGCUGCCAAAUGGAAGGUGUUUCAAAUGAGGCAUCCUCCCUUGCUGGUCAUUGGGGUCUUGGAAAAUUAAUUGCCUUCUAUGAUGACAAUCAUAUAUCAAUUGAUGGUAGCACAGACAUUGCUUUCACUGAAGAUGUGCUUGCCCGAUAUGAGGCACUAGGAUGGCAUACUAUCUGGGUGAAAAAUGGCAACACUGGGUACGAUGACAUCCGUGCUGCAAUUAAGGAAGCAAAGGCAGUCAAAGACAAGCCAACUCUUAUCAAGGUGACUACUACUAUUGGCUAUGGAUCUCCAAACAAGGCGAACACAUAUAGUGUUCAUGGUAGCGCUUUAGGUUCCAAAGAAGUAGAGGCAACCAGAAACAAUCUUUCCUGGCUUCAUGAGCCUUUCCAUGUUCCUGAUGAGGUGAAGAGGCACUGGAGUCACCAUAUUGACGAGGGUUCUUCUCUGGAAGCUGAAUGGAAUAAAAAAUUUGGUGAAUAUGAAAAGAAAUAUCACCAGGAGGCUGCUGACUUAAAGAGCAUAAUUUCAGGGGAACUACCAUCUGGGUGGGACAAUGCUCUUCCAACAUAUACUACUGAAAACCCUGCUGAUGCUACAAGGAACUUAUCUCAACAAUGCUUGAACGCUCUUGCUAAAGCAAUACCUGGAUUUCUUGGAGGUAGUGCUGAUCUUGCAACAUCAAACAUGACUUUAUUAAAGAUGUUUGGUGACUUCCAAAAAGAUACUCCUGAAGAAAGAAACAUCCGUUUUGGUGUUAGGGAGCAUGCAAUGGGUGCCAUUUCAAAUGGCAUUGCACUCCACAGUCCUGGCUUAAUACCUUACUGUGCUACGUUCUUUGUGUUUACUGACUAUAUGAGAGCUGCCAUACGCCUUUCAGCCUUAUGUGGAUCAGGAGUGAUCUUUGUGAUGACUCAUGAUUCAAUCGGCCUGGGUGAAGAUGGGCCAACUCAUCAGCCUGUUGAACAGCUAUUCAGCCUCCGAGCUAUGCCGAACAUACUAAUGCUUCGACCUGCUGAUGGAAAGGAGACUUCUGGAGCUUACAAGAUUGCAAUUCUGAACAGGAAAAUGCCCUCCGUCCUUGCCCUUUCUAGACAGAAGCUUCAACAUUUGAAAGGAACAUCAAUCGAAGGUGUUGCUAAGGGAGGAUACAUUAUUUCUGAUAAUUCAACAGGAAACAAGCCAGAUCUCAUUCUCAUCGGCACUGGUUCUGAACUUGAGAUUGUAGAAAAAGCCGCGGAUGAGCUGAGGAAAGAAGGGAAGGCUGUACGAGUAGUUUCACUUGUUUGCUGGGAACUGUUUGAGGAACAGUCUGAGGAAUAUAAGGAGAGUGUUCUUCCAUGUGAGGUAACUGCAAGGAUCAGCGUCGAGGCUGGGGUAACAUUUGGAUGGGAGAAAUAUGUCGGACAAAAAGGUAAAGCUAUUGGCGUCGACCGUUUUGGUUCUAGUGCCCCCGCUGGGAAAAUAUACAAGGAGCUUGGUUUGACAGUGGAAAAUGUCAUUGAAACAGCCAAAUCACUGUAGACACUGAAGAAUAUAUGUGUAGGAAGAUCAUUCUAAGGACCUGUUUAGGGAAGCUUAGCCCAGCUGUAACUUUUUUUAAAAACUGCUUCUGCCAGAAGUUGCCCCAAACGGUCCACAGCUUCUGAAAAUCUAUAAUUAAAG